AUGACCGCUGCGUUUAAUACUAUCCGCAGACAGACCAUCAUCAACCUCCUCAUUGAUGCAGGAUGCUCUAGAGCCGACAUUCGCCUAGUUCAGUACCUCCUCUCAAAUACAAAGCUCAAGGUGACGGUCAACAGAUCUGAGUCUGGUGAAUUUGUGAUUAAUAUUGGCGCUUACCAGGGAGACAGUCUGGCAGGUAAAGUGUUUACAUUGACCCUUGCCGAUGCCCUGAAUCACAUCAGAGCCGUGAUCAGUGUCACGAUUCCUAGACCGAACCCCCCAGUCUCUGAUAGAGGCCUCCCGUUAGAGUCCGCCUAUGCUGACGAUGCUGAGCUUCUGAGUGAAGAUGGUCAGAGCCUGGUGAAGAUAUUAGAGAUUGCCAGUGAUAUACUAAAGGAUUGGAGUCUCUUUGUUAACGAAUCAAAGACGGUGUUUACAAGAGUGUUUUUGGCAGAUACAGAUGCUUUAGAUGCCCAUGGCAAUAAAAUUAGAGGAAAUGAAGAGUGGCGAGAGUCAGUGCUAUUAGGAUCAAAGCUCUGCUCAGAAAGAGAUAUUGUCAACAGACGCAACAAAGCCAAUGUUGCCUUCUACACCUACAAGAAAGUCUGGUUGAAUAGUUCUGUUCAGAUCAGUGAGAGUAGAAAGCUGAAGCUGUACGAAGCUCUUGUCACUUCAGUGUUGUUGUAUAACUGUAGCAGCUGGGCUGCUCCUGAAACCGUAAUGGCAUCUGUCGACGUUCUUCAAAGAAAGCAUCUGAGACAGAUAAUCAACACCUAUUGGCCUACGUGCGGCCACCAGGAGGCACUUGCCAGACACAUCCCUGAAGCUUCACGUGAACUUCCAGGAACUAGAGUUGUUAAUUACUGUAAGAAGAAUCCCUACAAAGCGGAGAUAAGAAACUGGCCGAGUACCACAACUUUAGGAACACUUCAUAUCAGUGUUGCAAACCCGAAAUCUCCGCGAAGUCAUCUCUACUAG